ACUACUACAACUACAGUAGCUCCUACUACAACCGAAGAAACAACUAUAACCACGACAACAUCGCCUGAAACAACUACAACAACAAUUACUACCACAACAUUUACGCCAGAAACUACAACCGAAAGCCCAACUCUACCAACCACUACAACUACUGUAGUUCCUACUACAACUGAAGAAACAACUUUAACCACGACAACAUCGCCAGAAACAACUACAACAACGACUAUUACCACAACACCUGUGCCAGCAACUAUAACGGAAAGUCCAACUCCGCCAACCACUACAACUACUGUAAUUCCAACUACAACCGAAGAAACAACU